AUGUCGGAGGGCAGCAUCGCGCUGCAUAUGUUUUGCGACGCGAGUCCGCGAGCAUACGGUGCGGCCGCAUACCUGGUGACGUUUGACAGGGACGGUCAUUACAGUGCGGAUCUUCUUUUGGCAAAGUCUCGGGUGGCCCCGGUCAAAACGGUCUCCUUACCGAGACUCGAGUUAAUGGGUGCCGUCAUCGCGACCAGGCUUAUGAGAUUCUUACAGACGACGUUAUCUCUGUCCACCGUACCCACGGUGUUAUGGACGGACUCUGAGAUAGCACUCUACUGGAUUUACGGAUCGACGAACGACUGGAAACCUUUUGUACAGAACCGGGUGUCGGAGAUACGGGCUGGUACGGAGCCUAGUCAGUGGCGUCACUGCCCCGGCAAAGAAAAUCCCGCGGAUCUUCUCACGAGAGGCACUUCAUGCCUCCAAUUGCUGAACAACAGUGCAUGGUGGCAGGGGCCCUCGUGGCUUAUGGAUCAAGAGUCUUGGCCUCCAGCGUGGCGUACUCCGGAUGAACCCUGCGUCGAGGUACGAAACGAAACAAAGGCCCAGACGGCGUGCUGCGUACCCAUCUUGGCUACUACUACCCUAAUGGAUGUUGCCAAAUACAGUUCGCUCCACCGGCUGCUGAGAGUUACCGCUUGGGUGUCAAGAUUUCUGCACAACUGUAGGCAUACCACAGCCGAAAGGAGGGGACCUUUGACGGCCGCCGAGGUAGUUGCAGCGGAAACGUACUGGGUCACAGCGGCACAGCGUCAAAAUUUCGGUUCUCAUCCCGCGGUGCACAAGUCCUUACAAAAUGUGUCUGUCUUCCAUGAUGACGAUGGUGUUCUCCGUUUGACGGGCCGCCUUCAGUACAGCGAUUUUGAAGAAACUCAGAGGCAUCCCAUCGUCAUUCCCGCUGACCACCCGUUCACCGCUCUUUUAGUUUUCCGGGCUCAUGUCAGGCUUCUGCAUGCUGGAGUUCAGGAGACACUCGCCGCGCUUCGGGAAGAGUACUGGGUUCUCCGUGGUCGUCAGGCUGUGAAGAGGAUCCUAAAUGGAUGUCGCACUUGCCGACGAGCAAAGGUUCAGGCGUGCACAGAAGUUACCGCUCCGCUACCACGAGACCGCUUGUCACAGUCCGCACCAUUUGAAGUGACAGGCACCGAUUUUGCGGGUCCACUGUACUACAAGUGUUCAAAAGGCGGCGGAAGAAAGUGCUACAUCCUGAUUUUUACCUGUGCCGUCACUAGGGCUGUUCACCUAGAGCUGACGAAGUCUAUGACUACCGAGGAUUUCCUACUGGCUCUUAGAAGGUUCGUAUCAAGACGGGGCGUACCCGCCACUAUAUAUUCAGACAAUUUUCGGACAUUCAAGCGAGCCAGUCGCGAACUCACCCCUGCCUGGUUGUCACAAAACGCUCAGGUAAACGUAUUCCUGACUGCACGACGGAUCACCUGGAAAUUCAUAGUGGAGCGAGGAGCAUGGUGGGGUGGGUUUUGGGAACGCCUGAUUCGCAGUACCAAAACCUGCCUGCGUACAGUCCUGGGUCGAAGCGCCCUCCGCUACGAAGAACUCUCUACCGUUCUCACAGAGGUGGAGGCGGUGAUGAACUCUCGGCCUCUGACGUAUCUGUCCGAAGAUCCAGACGACCUUUCUGCCGUCACGCCGUCACACUUUCUGAUUGGGCAAAGGCUCACCGCGCUUCCGUGUCGCGAACCCGAAGCAGGAACAACAUCUACAGCGCAACAGUUGAGACGCCGGUGGAUGUAUAGGGAAGAAUUGACUCGUCAAUGCUGGAAGAAGUGGGUUAAAACGUACAUCCUCCUCCUGAGAUCGGCCAACGUCUGCAAGCCCGUACCAUCACACAGCGUCGCCGUCGGGGACCUAGUACUCAUUGCUGCAGAGUCAAGGCCGCGAACAUCGUGGCCUCUAGGACGUCUGCAGCAACAACGAAAGAUCAGCCGUGCGUCCUGUACUUGUAGAGGAGGAAUUCUAGGCCGCUGCAAACAUGUUGCUGCUGUAGCUGCCUUCAUCAACAAAUCAGCGGUGAACUCGUGCACCUCCUUUCCGCAGUCAUGGGGCGUUCCAACGUCCAAGCCACAGCUAGACGACAAAAAGAGCAUUGACGAUCUUUUUGGAGGUGAAGGAAAGAAUGCAACAGCUGCAAAACGCAUUGUGCCAGUGCUGCUGUCAGACCUCAUACCAAAAUUUCAAGGAAUGCGAAGUGUGGUCACCAAAGCAAUUGAGCUUGAAUUUGCAGAUGAAGUUGAGAGGGCCUGCCGCAUAACUCUUCAAAGCCUUAUUGAAGCUGCAGCAUCCAAAGUUGAGAAAGAGGACAUCCAUGCUGCACUUCAGGCCAGCGCACAUGAGAGAAGCGUAUUUCAGUGCACAAAUGUGGUGCAGGCUUCUCCAACACUGAGGUUGGUCAAAGAGGACUGGACGCAACAUGUCCCAAUUUAA